AUGGGUCUCGACAGGUCGACAAUUGCCGUUACUUGUGCCGUUCUGUUGAUCUCCACUAUAGCGGCUAUUUACUUCCUACGGAAGAAAAAGGGCAGUGGUUCGAAGCAUCCUGUGACGCUGGUGGAUGAGGAUACCAAGUACGCUCUUCCAUUAGCCGAAAAGAUAGAAGUUAGCCACGACACACGCAAAUUCCGGUUUCGGUUGCCCUCAGAGAACCAUGUGCUUGGUCUUCCAGUGGGUCAGCAUGUGUACCUGAGCGCUAAAGUUUACUUCCGUGGCGUGCAUCCUAAGUUCCCAGAUGGUGGUAAGAUGAGUCAGCACUUGGAACAAAUGAAAAUUGGUGAUACGAUAGAUUUUCGUGGACCGUCUGGGCUAAUUGUUUAUAAGGGCCAUGGAAAGUUCGCCAUACGACCAGACAAGAAAUCACCACCGAAGGAACGGAUCAUCUCCGCCAUCCUCAAAGAUCCUGAAGACAAAACCCACAUCAGCUUGCUGUUCGCUAACCAGUCCGAAGAAGACAUUCUGUGCAGGAAAGAGCUAGACGAACUAGCUGCAAAGCACAGCGACAGAUUCAAGCUUUGGUAUACUGUUGAUCGUCCACCAUCUGUUUGGAAGUAUUCUACAGGAUUCGUAAAUGAUGUGAUGAUCAAGGAACAUCUCUCAAGUCCCGCGGAAGAUUCAGCAGUUUUGAUGUGCGGUCCGCCGCCUAUGAUCACGUUUGCUUGCAUUCCAAAUCUCGACAAAGUGGGUCAUGAUCCAAAGAAUAGAUUCCAAUUCUAG